AAUGACACCAAUUAAAACAUCAAUUGAAAAAGUACGUAGAUUUGUGAAGGCUAUUACAUCAUCAUCCACAAUUAUCCAAGAUUUUAAGGAAAUUAGACAAUUGGUCAAUGAAGGUGAAGUAGUUCACAAAAUUCCACAAGACGUAUCAACUAGAUGGAAUAGUACUUAUUUUAUAUUAUCAGUUUAUACGUCUAUACCCACAACAAUAGCAGCAGUUAUAAGGCAUCACAAUAAUCUUGCUUAUUACAAACUUAUAUCACAAGAAGAUUCUGAUCUUCAAGUUGUUACUCGAUUUUUACAACCAUUUUACGAA